UGCAUUGAGUUAUCAAGCUCAGUUGAGUUAGAAUUGUCUAAAGAGCUCCAUAAAAUUCUUUGUGACCUACUAACAUGAAAAGAAAAACACACUUGAUAUUUUUAAUAGUAUCAUGUAUAUUGUUUGCUAAAUCUAGCGCGGAGGAAAAUAAUGAACUGGAAACUGUUAAAACCUUGGCUCAAAGCUUAGCUAAAAUUGUGAGCAAGUACAGAAACGAGUUUGAAACAGAUGGCAACUUGGAUGAGUUGAAAGAUGUGAUUUCUACCAUUGACACUUCGAUGCUAGAGUACCAAGGAUUGGCCAGAAACCAAUUGGAUUCGUUGCGUACAUCGUACAGUGCGGCGCAUCUCACAUACCAGGCAACUGUCGAUCCGGUGUUCCAGUGGUGUGUCUCCAUCAACAGCACCCUUAACCUUUUCAUAACCCAAAUAGGCAAUGAAGGCUUGUCACAAUCGGAUCGCAAUUCAAUUUGGAAGAUUUUGGUCCAAGGUGUACUCAUCAGCGGCAUAGAUACAGCUGAUAACUCCUUGAAGCAGCUGAAUCAUUUGCAAAAUAAGACGAAAGCUCUGAAUAGGAUUUUGGUCCAAAUGCUGAAAAGUAUCGAUGACGAUUUCCGCCCAAACGGCUACUAUGAAAAGCGGAGACAGGAGAUAAUGGACAGAUAUACUACACCGAAACCAGGCCACACAGCAGCGCAAGCUUUGGAUGUCAUUCUUCGAUUCUUUAAAGCCAUUGUCGCUUUCUUGAAGGCCCCUCAUAGAGGUGUGGAACCAUUCGUGGAGGAGUUUAAUCGGAAUGGACUGAAUGAUGUCAUGGAUCAACGCCAUAACCCAACAUACCAGGAAGAAGUUGCUGCUAUUAAAUUAUUUUUCACAGUUUUGGGUAAUCAGAUCAAGAAAGCAGAGUCGAUUUCCGAUAAGGUAUCUAACGAAUUCGAGGUCGACAAAAGCAACUUAGAACAUCUUUCGGGGAUCAAUAAGGAAAACAUAUUCAAAUGGCUGGAGAGCAAUCCCGAACUCAGAGCUCAACUUAUUCCCAGCUUCCAGGAAUUAGGAAGAGUCUGCGAAGGUUAUCAAAUUAUACGAUCAAACUUCUACGAUGCAGGAGCUCGGAGGCGCAGACUGUAAAUCCUCAUUCAAAUCUAUUUUACUAGGUUUAAAUAUCUGCAAAAUGUAUUUCGCUUAUGUACACAUUUUUUAUGUUUUCAAUAUAAAUAAAUAUUAAUGCAUUGAAGGAGUCAUCUCCGACCCUAUAAA